AUGUGGAAUAAAGCUGAAACUCAGGACGAAUCUUCAAUAAGUAUAGUAACGCGACUGCAGUGGUCUGCAAUUACAACGACUUUGGCUGUAUGUAGCGAAAAAUUCGUGACUAUAUUGCUCGAGCAACCUAUUUUGUCUCAAAUGAAGCAGAACACAGCAGUGGUGCAACUUGAUUACAAGAAUUUUUUGCUAGUCCAGCUGGAAAAUCAUAUGCUUUCACAGUUAUCUUUACAGAUUCAGGUGGUUUUCUAUGAAAUAGUAAACAACGGGAAGUAUACUUCAACUAAGAUUAUUGCUAAUUUUCCAUGUGUUGUAGUUGCAGCUGCGGUUGUUGGGCAGUCUAUUGUUUGUAUGGAGAAGGAUCAACUUUCUCUUCGAACAUUUCAAGGGACCUCAAAACAAGUUAUUGCUUUACCAGAAAUGGAGGGUACAAUAAUAGUCUCAGAUGUCAGUACACCGUGGAUGUGUUUAGGAACAUCUGGUGGUUUUAUGCGCGUCUACGAAGUAAACGACAAGUAAGU